AUGGCGUUUUCGCCGACGGCGCGCGCGACGCCGGAUGGGUUGGACCUGGUGCUGUUCGACGUCGACGACGACGACGGUGGGUUUGAUUUUAGCGACCACGGCGAGACGGGGACGGACGACGUGCCGUUCGACGCCGACGCGUGGGACGACGUGCUGAAUGCGUUCGACGCGUAUCGCGAAGACGCGAGCGCGUUCGACGUCGACGCGUUCGGAUGCGCGGCUUGGCCGGACUUGGACGGUGAAGCGAAGGACGACGAUGAUUUCGAUGGUUACGAUGCGUCGCGGCGAAACGCGGCCAAGGCGGUGCGCGAACACGUCGCGAGCGCGCUGAGAGACGCGCUGAGCGCCUGCGAGAGCGAAUUGAGCUGGGCGAGCGACGAGGGCGAAUGGGAGACGAAGAGACGCGAAGCGGAGGAUGCGGCAAAGGCGAUCAAGUACGUGCGAUCGCGCGUGUACGCGCGAUUGCGUGCGCUGGGAGCGUCGACCGACACCGCGACGACGAAUCGUUUGAAGAUGUUGCGCGACAUGUUCGUCGCAGAGCUUCGAACGUUCGCCGCGCGCGCCGACGCGCUCGAGCGCCGCGCGGCGGAGACGCUCGUCUCGAAGAACUUAUGCUUGAAUCUGCCCGAUCCGAAGUUGAUGUUGAAGAAGAAGUUCAAUACCACACUCACGAGUGUGCUUGAUUCGUUCGACGCGGCCUUCGAACACGUCGUGGCCAAGGCCAAGACGCCCUCGACCAAGGCGCGCGCCGCCGCAUCUCGACAAUCUGAACAAAAUUCGGGUAACUCAAACGCCGUGGAGCAGCAAACCGCACAGGGAAGACACGAGACGCACGCGAAGAAGAUCUUGUCCGCGUGGCUCUGGGAUCAUUUCUACCCGACGGACGAGCGCUUGAAACCGAUUCCGACGCGCGCGGAAAAAGAAGAUCUCGCGCGCCAGACGGGAUUGACGACGACGCAAGUGGGCGACUGGUUCGUCAACGCUCGCGCACGUUUAUGGAAACCUUACAUCGAAGGCUUAAUUCGCGGCGUGUAUAACGACGCCACGGUGAAGAAAGCGCUCGACUUGCAAGCCGAGGCGGCGGCGUAA